AAAGAAAGAUUCCAUAGCAUCUCUCUCUCUCUAUAAAUACAUAUAUAUUUAGUGAAACUGAAACCAAUAAUAUUUAAUGGCUGAAUUAUUCCGAAAGCAGGCCGAUAAGUAUGCGCAGACUCGGCCUACUUAUCCGCCGGAGUUGUUCGAGUUCAUCGCGUCGAAGACCCCGAAUCACGAUCUGGCUUGGGAUGUCGGGACCGGAAAUGGGCAGGCCGCGGUCCCUGUAAGAGCCCUCCCCUUCUCCCUAUCUCUAUGGGAUCAUUUUCACAGCUGUACCCCAAAUUCUAGCGGCGAUCUUCAGAAGGUAUCAGCAACAGCAGCAAGCCAAGAGGCAACUUGCCACGCGCAAAUCCAAACAUACUACAAAAUCCUCUCCUCUGCACCGCGCAUCGCGGUCCACGUCGCAAGCCCACACGCGUCGACCUCAUCACCGCUGGCCGGCAGGCCUCCAGCUGGUUCGCUCCCCACGCUUCUACGCCGCGCACGCUUGCGCCGUCCGCCAACGGCGUCUCGCGCUGGUGGCUACACCGUGCCCCGCGUCAGCGAACCCGUCGACUCCGUCUUCCGGAAACUGUACGAGGAGUCAGCUCCGUUCUGGGCUGAGGAGAGAGAGUUCGUGAAUGAAGAGUACAGGACGGUAGAGUUUCCUUUCGAGGCAGUGGAGGGGAUGGGGGACACUGGGCCCGUGGAGUUUGUGAGCGAGAGGGAGAUGGAUCUCAGUGGAGGGGAUGGGGGACACUGGGCCCGUGGAAUUCAUCUCCUCUUUCUCAACUGCUUCUCUAAUCUAAUGAUAUCUCAUAUCAAUGUGUUUUAUGCUGGAGUAGAAUACAAAAUUCUUACUCAAAUCAAGAGCACUUUGACUAUCAAUGAAGAUUUGAUAAUUGUCCUGUUGCAAGCCUAA